UAUUCCAUUGGAGUGGAUAAGGCUAACAGUAGCAAGCUGUCAGACAUCAGUGGCUCAUCGCAGAGGGUCUUUAUUGAGAAUACCUUUGAUGGAUUGAAGGAACUAGGGACCAAGCUGGCCUUGGAGUUCUGUGAGAAAGAUUGUAAAAUAGAAAAGGCUGAUAUUAUUUUUCUGGUGGAUGGUUCUGGAAGCAUAAAGAAGGAACAGUUCAAAAGUAUGCAAACCUUUAUGGCUUCAGUUGUGACCCAGACCACAGUUGGUGAGAAUCUGACUCGUUUUGGAGUCAUUCUCUACUCUGACGCAGCCAACUCCAGCUUUACUCUAAAUGAAAUUUACUCCAAAGGAAAAGUCCUUGAAGCUCUGCAGCAGCUGAUACAACCACAAGGAGGCACCUACACAGGUGCCGCCUUGGCAUACUCGCUGCAGUACUUUAACGCUAAACAUGGCGGCCGGAGAGAAAUCAGGGUGCCUCAGAUUCUCAUGGUGAUUACAGAUGGAGCAGCUCAAGACCGUGACAGACUGAAAGCAGAAUCUGAUGCUCUGCGAAAAAAUGGGGUCACAGUCAUCAGUAUCGGAGUGAAGGACGCAGACAGGAAAGAGCUGGAGACCAUGGCUGGUGACGACACAUCCAAAGUUUUCUUUGUGGAUAAUUUUGAGGGUUUAGAAACUCUGUACAAGAAGAUUUCUCCUGUCCUUUGCAAUACCACUAAGCGAGCUUACAACCAGACAGACUUGGUCUUCCUGCUCGAUUACUCGAGCAGCAUCAACCUAGAAGAGCACAAAAUGAUAAACUUCACAGCAAGUGUGGUGGACAACUUUAAUGUCAGUAAAGAGUUGGCACAUGUUGGACUUGCACAGUUCAGUGACAAACCUAAAGAUGAGAUUCACCUUAACACGUACAACAACAAGACGAAGAUGAUUGGACAUAUCCUUAACAGGCCAUAUAAAGGUCGUGCUAAGGUUCGGAAUUGA